AUGUCGACGAAGGAGUCGGAGAGGAACGCGUCCGCGCAGCAAACCCUGGACAUUCUGUAUGAACUGGCGCAGUUACUGAAUACCCAAUUGGACAAGGAAACACUGGCGACCUGCGUUGGGAUGAUUGAGAAUGGGGUCAACCCUGAUGCCCUUGCCGCGGUAAUCCAGGAGCUGCGCCGUGAAAACGCCAUUGCCAACGCGGCGCACCCGACUCCUGUGCAGCGAUAA